UAUUUGUAUCCUUUGUAAACACGUCUUUCAUUUGCAUCCAUGUGGUUUCUUAAGCAUUUUGUUAGGAAAAGAAAAAAUCUCAUUUUUAAAUAUUAUAUAGUUUUGGUGCCUUGACUUUGUUUCUUUUUUGGCGUAUGAGCAUAUUGACUUUGUUUCCCUUUGUGGCGUAUGAGUAUAUUGCCAGAAAAAAAAAUUGUAUAGAUGGAUGAGUUUCAAGAUUGUGAUAUGCCAAGGUUAAUUGCUUUUAGUCUUUUCGUUUUUGUUGAAAAUAAAUAAUUUAUCAAGUUAAAAGUAUGAAUUACUUUUUUUCUGCACGAAAUGGUUAUAGCUAAUCUUUUUCUGCGUGAAAUGAUACUAUUACGUACCUACUUUUUAGGGAAUUUGUGUUGUAGCUAAUAGUAUUUUUAUUUUCUUUCACGUAAGAAAAAUUUUCUUGGUUGGGAUAUGGACUCGUCUGAGAAAGAGGGAAGUGGGGCAACGGGCUCUCUUCCCCCUCCCCCGCCUCUGCCCCCCAAUGUGGUACCAAUCAAAGCAGAAUCUGAGCCUGCAAAGGAGGUUUCACGUGUCCCAAUGGCCGGGAAAGCUUCGCAGUUGGGGACUUUCCUGAAGUUUGAUGAGGCUCCUGAGACAUCCUCAAGCCGUAGUGGGGCGACUGCUCCUGAGACAUCCUCAAGCCGUGGUGGGGUGACUGCUCCUGGAGCCACACCUGUUCGGCAGCUGCCGUGGUUGAACAGGACUGUCGCCGAUUCUAUGUUCUUCUGCUGAGACCUUCGGACCAUGCUUUCUAUAGGCUUUUGGUUUUACCACCAACUGAUCUGAAACUCUUUUUAAGUAUAUUUAAACUUUAGAGGUAGGGCUAUCCCAGACUUGUUCUGAUGAUGAUGUGCUGUUCUCUGAAUCAUCAUCCAUUUUGGUUAUAAACUUUUUGGAUGCUUGGCCCCCACCGUAUCUAAAGAUAUGAAUGCUUGACUGGGUAAUUCACAGUGGCUUUUUCCUGUUUGGUUUAGAGAAGUGGUUAUACUACUGCCCUUUACUCUGUUCUCUUAUUUACCGUUAGGCUUGGGUAUCAGUUAACCAGUUAGAUGUGGCUUCCGAGUAACUACUUUUGUUGGUUUCUGAUGCUUAGAAAACUAUACCAUUUCGUUAUUACUUCUCUAUUAUAUAAUGUAAUGCUUUUCUGUGGCAAGAAUGAGUUAUAUUUCUAGCUUAUUUAACUUUUCCGGAAAUAGUUUGUUGGUUUUGGUAGGAAAAAAAAUAGCAUACAAAAAUUUAUCGACAAUACUCCCUCUUAAAAACGAAUCUCUACUGUUUCACGUAGCAAAGAAAAAAGAAACACCAAUAUUUCAAAGGAGUCUCCAUUUCAAAACGAUGGCAACCAUAACAAGCAGGAUCAACUUUCCAGAAUUGUCUGUUGCUCAUUUAGGAACAUAGAUUAUUUAAAUUUAUGUUGUU